GAAUUCAUCUUUUCUGGUGUUUUUGUUUGCUGUAGAGGAGCUUACUGUGCAGCUAGUGCAGCACGCCUGACCAAUAUUGUGACUCCAGAGUUAUUUGAUGGCACACCAGAGUGGAUUGUACGUUGCCAGACUUAUGAGGGUGGCUUUGGAGGUUGCCCCGGUAUGGAGGCCCAUGGAGGAUACUCGUUCUGUGGACUUGCAGCACUUUCUCUCAUGGGGCGAACAAGUCUUUGUGAUCUUCGUGCAUGUCUAAGAUGGACAGCUAACAGACAGAUGCGAUUUGAGGGGGGAUUCCAGGGUCGAACAAACAAACUUGUGGAUGGCUGUUAUUCCUUCUGGCAGGCUGGUACCUUCCCACUGUUCCAUAUGGUCUGUUCCAUGCAAGAUGACCACUGCUUGAGUACUGAGCGUUGGAUGUUUGAUCAUGAAGCAUUACAGGAGUAUAUCUUAGUAUGCUGUCAACACCAAGGUGGCGGUCUUAUUGACAAACCUGGCAAGUCCAGAGACUACUACCAUACCUGCUACUGUCUCAGUGGAUUAGCGGUGGCGCAGCAUUUUGCCGGUGGAAAACUUGCUCAUCUUCACAUAGUGGGAUCACAAGACAAUGAAUUGAAACCGACACAUCCUGUAUUCAAUAUAGGAGUGGAUGCAGUGGCCCAUGCCAACAUGUACUUUAACAGACUGUCCCCACCCAAGGGGCCAGAUGUAUGACGAAAAUUCCAUCAAUCUGCGUCAACGUCACCAAUGUCCUUCCCUGGUCCCUGGGUUCCGAGCCAGGUCAUGUGUACGCCUGGACAGUGCGAGAUAGCAUACUGGAUAUGUAUCUGUAUUUAGAGCUGGUAUAGAGGAGGAAAAACUUGUGUGUGAGCAAAGAUAGACUACACUGACUGUAUAUGAGAUAAUGCACGGUAGUGCAAUAGACCUCACCCCAGGGUAACUUACUAGUGGAGGGCUAGGGAAUCAUCCUUAACUUACCAAUGUUAAAAAAGGCAGGGGAACCUUCAGAUCACCUAUCCUUGACCUUAAAGGUUGAAAGUUCUGGAGAAUCUCCAAAGUUACUUGUCCUUGACAUAUCCGUGUUGAAACAUCCACCUUACUGAUCGGAAUAGGAUUUAUCAGUUUGGUAUGAAUAAUAAAUGUUCAAUUUGUUUUGAACACAAAUAGUAAAUUGAGAAGUUAUUUUUCAAGCUUUCGAAAACAUCUCUUUCCUUUGUCAAGCAAAGAGUGUCAAGGAUUGAGGAUUGGAACUCAUUGCUUGACAAAGGAAACAGGAAUUUUCAAAAACUCAGAGGAAGCUUGUGUUCAAAGCAAAGCAUUUAUCCACUUUACUGAAUCUAAGGUUAAAAGUCCCUGUUAUGACCUACAGUAUGGGGUAUCAUACUCCUCUGUAAGAGUUAAUCCAUCUCUAGGUUGUAUGGUACAUGUUCUUUGUAUGUUAACUCAUCACUAGGUUAUGUGUUGUAUGUAUUACUAUGUUAAUCUCUCUCUAGGUUGUAUGGUACAUGUUCUAUGUAUGCUAACUCAUCACUAGGUUAUGUGUUGUAUGUAUUACUAUGUUAAUCCAUCUCUAGGUUGUAUGGUACAUGUUCUUUGUAUGUUAAUUCAUCACUAGGUUAUGUGUUGUAUGUAUUACUAUGUUAAUCUCUCUCUAGGUUGUAUGGUACAUGUUCAAUGUAUGUUAACUCAUCACUAGGUUAUGUGUUGUAUGUAUUACUAUGUUAAUCUCUCUCUAGGUUAUGUAUUGUUACUGACUUACUUGACUUGACUUAACUUGUAUUGUAUCUAUUACUACCAGAUAUACUAACCAAUAUCUAGGUUGUCUAUUCUAUGUAUAACUAUAACCCAUUUCUAGAAUGUGUUGUAUAUGUAUAUUAAACUAUAACCCAUCUCUAGGUCGUGUGGUAUAUGUAUAACAAUAACCCAUCUCUACAUUGUGUUGUAUAUGUAUUACUAUAACACAUCUCUAGGUCAUGUGGUAUAUGUAUAACAAUAACCCAUCUCUAGGUUGUGUGGUAUAUGUAUAACAAUAACCCAUUUCUAGCUUGUGUGGUAUAUAUGUAUUACUAUAACACAUCUCUCGAUCGUGUGGUAUAUGUAUUACCCGGUUACAAUGUGUAGCCAUCAGUAAGUCAUGUGUUUAAGGUAUUACUAUGAUAAUUCACUUUAAAGAUAUAUUGAUGAUGGUCAAUGUUUUAUUUUGAAACUGUUUUUUUUUUUUUUUAAAUACAUUUAUUCUACAUAAUGAAUGUCACUGUGGAAAAAUGUGUCUAUAUAUAGGCAAAGAUACCUAACGGUGAUAAUGAGUACCGAAGUGGUGUACGUAUAACUACAUUGUAGACAAACUGUCCAUCAUUGGUUUGGUGUGAAUAUAUUACCUCUGUUACAUGGGGUCUGAUAAACUAAUUGUUAUGUUGUUUACAUUCAGUCUAUAUGUAUUUGUGUUACAUCUACAGAAAAUAUACAUACAGGUUUGUCAGCACUUUAUCGCAUUACACGUACUGUCUCCUCGAAUCAAGCUUAAACUGCAGUGUCAUUGUGGGAAAUAACUGUUGGGGUCUUGUUGGCAGUACAAUUAUGAGUUUUCCCUUCAUUCAUUCAAUGACCUAACACUGUUUAUGUUUCCCUUGUGUUAUAGACAGGUUAAUAAAGCCACAUUGGUUUAUGUCUUUAAGGCACAACAUAUAUUUACAUAAAGCAUUCAUGUCUACAGAUUUUAAUACAAUUUUGGAUAUAUGAUUUACAUAUGUAUUGUUAGUAGACUAGGUAUACACAAAUGUGUUUAAUAUCUGUAUGUUCACGAAAUGUGUGAACUAUUUACACUAUUUUUGUCAAACUAUUGUGAUCAGAAGUAUUGUUAAUAAAGACUUUGCCCCUG